AUGGGAAAUUCGCAGCCGAGCUACUUCUCGCCUCAGAUUUUCGUUCCCUCGCCCAACACCAAUCUCAAGGGCCUCAUCAACCCGCUGGGCGAAAACAACUGCUUCCUCAACGUGGUCAUCCAAUCUCUAUGGCACCUCGAUUCCUUCAGGACAAGGUUCGAGGGAACUGAGGAGAAGCAUCAGCACUCGACGCCCUACUGCGUGUUUUGCGCGCUCCAGGACAUGUUUGUAAAUUACGCCUACUCAGAUGAGUUCAUGAUCCCGCCCACCGAUCUGAGGCGUGCCCUGUCUAUGCAGUUUGCUGGGGAGGCCCGCUUCCAAAUCGGAGAAAUGGUAAGCGAUCAGGCACCUUCUGCAUCUGUGCACACACGACCUUCUUCUCUAACACACUCUGCCCUUCUCUCACCGCUUUACGCAUUAAAAAUGCAGUACGACGCCACGGAAACGUUGGUACAGUGCCUCCCUGUCUCGACGAUUCUCUGUAUGUGCACGCAUGCACACCGAGAGCUCGCAAACGCUCUCACGCUAAGCGCUUAUUGUCUGCAGGUGGCUGUGCUAGGGUAUCUGCAUAGCGUGUUCAUGGGUGUUGGGGAAAAGGACGACGAGCCAUGCGAACCGCUGUGCCUCGUACAUCAGGUGUUCUCCAUGAACUUCUGCGACAGGACGGAGUGUCCGUGUGGGGCUACCUCCGAGCCUGCUCUGUCGUCUACUUUUAUUUAUCCCGUUUAUGUGACUGAGCUGAGGCGUGCCUUUGACGAUGCCAACAGGCGUGACAUUCGAUUCGAUGAGCUUAUGUCAAUCCUCAACGACUCCGAGCUCAAAAAGUGCCCCGAUUUUGACUUGACCGAAUGUCAGCAACAGAACAGAAACCAGCGAUUUUUGCAGAACGUGCCUAAGGUGUUCACCAUCAACCUGGUGUGGGCGUCACCAACCCCCACGGUGGAGGAGAUCCGGCAAACGCUGACGAUCAUCGCCGCCAACAACGCGCUCGAGAUCGACCUGUCGACGAUCUUCUACGGCGUCGAGAGGGAGACCAACUACGUCUUCCGCGGCAUGAUCGCGUACUACGGCCGUCACUACGCCGCUUUCUUCCACUGCCGAUCGCGAGACCAGUGGCUCAUCUUCGACGACGAAAAGAUCAAAGUGGUGGGCAAGACAUGGGACGACGUCAUCGCCAACUGCUGCCGAGCGCACUGGCAGCCGUCGGUGCUGUUCUACGAGCGACGAGAGCGAUCGGGUGCCUCGCCGGCUGCCAUGGCAUCCCCGUUGCCGCCGAUCGAGGCGCUAGCGCCCUCAACCCUCAAGCUGCCCGCGACGACUACGCACUCCACGCCUGACCUGAGUACGGCAACGGCCUCGUCAUCCUUCACAUCCACCUCGGUAUCAGUAGCGAUACCGUGUGGGCCCACAUCCGCUGGCGCAUUGACCUCGUCCAUGCGGCGGUCUCUCUCGGACUACUCGGUGGGCAGCGGUAGCGGCGGCGGCGGUUCUCCUUUGCGACACUACACGCCCACGGCGCCCAUCAACAUAGGCGCCAGCAUGGGCGCAUCCCUGUCCCAGCUAAUGUGCCAACGCAGCCUUGUGCCACCGACGUCGAAGAGCACCGCGGCGCUCAUCGAACGAAGCCUACUCCUGGGCGGCACCGAGAAGGAGAUGGAGAAGGAAGAUCUGAUCAUCUCGUCGCCCGUCGAACAUGGGAUCAACGUGCUCGAUGACGUGCUGCCGCCGCUCGUGGCCUCGCCCUCUGCGGAUAUGGCGUCCUCCUCCUACCGCGACAUCUUCGCGCUGGUCGACGAGUGGCACGCCACCAAGCGGGAUCUCCACCCGAGGGCGCACGCCGAUUGCGGGGAGCAACAGGAGGCGGCGGGCGAGGAGUGCGAGGGCAAGGGCAAGGAGGGCAAGCUAGUCACGGCGCCGUCGGAGCAGCGGCGAGCCCACCAGAAGGAGAAGCAGCAGCAGGAGGAGGACGAGGGACAGGACCGCAAGGGCGCGAGCGACGACAAAAAGAUGCCAUCGCCGACGACCCCCACGCCCAGAUCGAAGCCCUCGUCGACGAGCCCGCAGCAGGGCAAAGGGGGAGCCUUCAGCUGCGAGUUCGUCAUCGGGCAGGUGGACAUGCGGGAGAAGGAGUUUCGGAUCAACCGCGCGUUCGAGGCCUUCAGCCGGCGGUGGCUGCUGGUGCUGGAGCGCUCGUACCGGCUGGACGACAAGCAGUGGGGCAGCGACAAGCGAGGCUACGAGGGCUACAUCACCGUGCGCGUCCAGCGGCUCGACCCCGGCACCGACGUGCUCCGGCUGGCCGUCAGCUUCGAGUGCCGCGUGCAAGCUCGAUCCUUCGCGUGCGCCAUGCCCUGCGUGGCCGUGCGAGGCAACCAGGGGGCGGGCGACCCCUACUUCAUCUGCCCGCAGCGCCAACGCCAGUACCUCACCGGCCGCAAGGAGCUCGGUCUCUCCCUCUCCAUGCGCCUUCUCUCGUGA